AGUGAGUGACUUUUCAUCGUGUGACAUGCGUAUUGGUAAACUGUUUACAGAAGAUACAUCAGCAUAGACGUGUUUGUAAAAUAACGAGUCGUUGUAUGGUUCUUAAAAUCAUGUAAAACAAAAUAGACGCGUUGCUUUGGACUAUAAAUACAGUUAACAAAAACACAACAAUAGCAAUAUUUUGCAAGUCUAUUGCAAGGAUCCGCUUAGCAGUUUCAUGUUAUGGGCAAGAAGAGGAGUUUGUGCUGGUGCUGGACGGCCAAUGUUGUCAGAUUUAAAUGUCUUUCUUUUAAACAGGUGUACGUAACAUAGUAUCAGGAAGGUGUAACCAUGCCAGGAAAGCUAAAGGUUAGGAUUGUCGCUGGACGACAUCUGCCUGUUAUGGAUAGGGCCAGCGACCUAACUGAUGCUUUUGUAGAGGUAAAAUUUGGAAACACAACAUUUAAGACAGAUGUAUUUCCCAAAUCCCUAAAUCCCCAUUGGAACUCAGAGUGGUUUAAAUUUGAGGUGGAUGAUGAAGACUUACAAGAUGAGCCACUGCAAAUCACAGUUCUUGACCAUGACACCUACAGUGCCAAUGAUGCUAUUGGCAAAGUUUAUAUAGAUAUUGAUCCUCUGCUGUCCAGCGAAGCUGCCACUGUAAUCUCUGGGUGGUUUCCAAUUUAUGACACUAUACAUGGUAUACGUGGGGAAAUAAAUGUUGUUGUUAAGGUGGACCUGUUUAAUGACUUAAACCGUUUUAGACAGUCAUCGUGUGGAGUCAAGUUCUUUUGCACUACAUCCAUUCCCAAGUGCUAUAAGGCAGUUACAGUCCAUGGAUUCGUAGAGGAAUUGGUGGUGAAUGAAGACCCAGAGUACCAGUGGAUUGACAGAAUCAGAACACCCCGGGCAUCCAAUGAAGCACGACAGAGACUCAUCUCUCUGAUGUCUGGUGAGCUUCAAAGGAAGAUUGGCUUAAAGGUUCUGGAAAUGGGAGGCAAUGCAGUUGUGGGCUACCUUCAAUGCUUCGAUCUAGAGGGAGAGUCUGGGCUAGUAGUACGAGCUAUUGGAACAGCCUGUACCCUGGAUAAACUAAGUAACCCUUCUGCGGCACUCCUACCUGCAUGCAAUUCCCCAUCCAAAGAAAUAAAAGAGGCUCCCUUCAGUGAAGAUCCCAACCCUAAUACUCAUUCAUCAGGACCCUCCACCCCACUGAAAAACCAAACCUAUUCCUUUUCACCUUCCAAGUCCUACAGUCGACAGUCCUCUUCUUCUGACACAGAUUUGAGUUUGACACCUAAAACUGCCACUUCCCCCAAGGGGCCUAGGAUUUUCCUGAGUCCCAGCUCCCCUACUCUCUCCUCUGAUUUCCUAAAUCUUACAAACACUUUUCAACUUCCCAUGGGGUCUGGGACUAGUCUUACUCCUCACUCUGGCCAUGCAAAUCCAGUUGGUCUGAGGAAAACUGUCUCUUUCAGUGAGGAUUUGCUUCUGGCUGCCUCUGGAAUGGGAAGUGGUGGGAGUGCUGGGAAGGAUGGAGGACCACUAAAAACCCUUUUAAGGCAACAGACCCAGACAGCACUUGAGCAGAGGGAAUUCCCAUUUUUCACCCUGACAUGUUUUCCCCCCGGUUUCCUCGUCCAUGUUGGUGGUGUAGUCAGUGCACGGUCAGUGAAGCUUCUGGAUCGUAUCCACAACCCUGAUGAACCUGAAACCCGUGAUGCCUGGUGGGAAGAAAUCAGACAAGAGAUCAAAUCUCACGCCAAAGCACUAGGAUGCCACGCUGUGAUUGGCUACAGUGAAUCAACCAGCAUCUGUGAAGAAGUCUGCAUCCUAUCUGCAUCUGGUACAGCAGCAGUACUUAAUCCCAAGUUCCUCCAAGACGGCAGCUUGGAUAGCUACAGUGAACACAGAUUAGACGAGCCUUCUCCUCCCAGUUGUGGGUUUUGCCAUAUUCCCUAUGAUGAGCUCAACAUGCCUUUCCCAGCCCAUCUCACCUACUGCUAUAACUGUCGGAAGCAGAAAGUCCCAGAUGUACUUUUUACAACAGUAGAUUUGCCUGUAGAAGUUGCAGUAACUGGAAAAGGAUGCCUCAUCCAGGCGAGAUUAUGCCGUCUUAAGAAAAAGGCUCAAGGAGAGGCAAAUGCAACAGCCAUCAGUAACUUACUGCCAUUCAUGGAAUACGAGCUGCACACCCAGCUGAUGAACAAGCUGAAACUAAGAGGAAUGAAUGCUCUUUUUGGACUCAGAAUUCAGAUCAGCGUAGGGGAAAACAUGCUGGUUGGACUGGCGUCUGCUACAGGUGUCUAUCUCACUGCAUUGCCAACUCCAGGAGGUAUUCAGAUUGCUGGGAAGACGCCAAGUGAUAUGACCUACGAGCAACAUAUAUCUAACAUGCAGAAGAAGAUCAAUGACACCAUCACUAAAAACAAAGAGCUUUAUGAGAUUACCCCUCCUGAGAUAAGUGAGGAAAUUAUCGGAUCACCAAUUCCAGAACCUAGGCAGCGUUCCAGAAUCUUCAGGUCCCACUCAGAAAGCUCUGAUGAGGUUUCAGAGCUGGACCUGUCACAUGGAAAGAAGGAUGCCUUUGUUCUUGAGAUUGACGAUGCUGAUGCUGUGGAAGAUAUCCAUUCUUUACUAACAGAUGCCCCACUACCUGCAGGCUUUCACAGCUGCAAUACAGAGAUCAUGCCAGGGAUUUACAAUUGGACAACUGGUUUACAGAUGUUUACCGCAGUGAGAGUAUUCAGGUUAAACAAUGUCAAUCUGACAAACCAAGGACUCAACAAGAUUUUUAAUGAUCUCUGUGAGAAUCUGUUAAAGAGUCUGUAUUUUAAAUUGCGUUCCAUGAUCCCGUGCUGCCUCUGUCAUGUGAACUUUACAGUUGCUGUGCCAGAGGAUGAAUUAAUUCAGGUGGCUGUUACAGCAGUGGCAAUGACUUUUGACAAAGACCAAGUUCAAGAUAAUUGGAAAGCUAGUGUCGAUAAGGCACUCAGGAAAGUCAUUGCUGAAAAUGAGGAACAGCUCCAGUUUCCAUUAGAACUGUGCUCUGACUCGCCAGGUGCCCAGCCCUUCUCACCCAGGAAAGGUACAGUCUCAUUAGGGCUACUGGAGAGUGCGAGCACACAGGCAAUCCCAGGGGCUCAGAGAGCCACCUCAGUUGAUUACAGUUCCUUUGCAAACAGAUGCAACAGCUGGAUAGAGCUCGUAAUGAAAGCUCUGACCAUAAGACGAGGAUCAAUUAAGACAACAUCGUUACUUGAAAAAGCCAGUCCGCAGGCUGAAGGUCAUGCGCGUCUACGUUCUACUACGUCAUGCACAGGCUCUACCAUUACAGUCGUCAAGAUGACUCCACUGUCUUUCAUCCCUGGAGCAAAAAUAAUCAAAUAUGUCGGCAUCAUCAACAUGUUCUUCAUUCGAGAGACCACGUCUCUACGUGAGGAAGGUGGUGUUAGUGGGUUUCUCCACGCUUUCAUUGCAGAGGUGUUUGCGAUGGUGAGAGCUCACGUAGCAGCUUUGGGAGGAAAUGCAGUUGUCUCUUAUAUAAUGAAAGAAUGCGUUUUCAUGGAGAAUCCAAAUAAAAAUCAGGCUCAGUGUCUUAUCAAUGUAAGUGGUGAUGCAGUAAUCUUUGUGCGUGAUUCUGAAUUAGAAGCUAUACCUGUACAGCCCCAGGCAACUUCAUCGCAAGCUUCCAAUAGUGGCACUGAUUAUACUACCUGAAGACAACUUAAAAGACUAUUCUCAGAGCAAACAAGCUCAUUUUGAACAGGAGCUUUAAAUCCAUGUUACUUCCAGAUUCAGUCUUUCUCUCUAGUAUUCUCUACAACCUAUACUGGAGUGAUCAGGAGUGAAAUGAUGUACAAAAUAAAAAUAAGUCUACACUAGGGACAGAAACCACGAUUUCCAAUGCACAAACUCUGUUUAAACUUCCAUGUAAACAUGGUGUCCACUGGUUCUAGGUAAAACUGGACAUUACACAUUGCAGAAUUCAGGCAGCUUUACUCAGUGUUGUAUUUAAACACUUCCAGUUAAUUUACUGUAGCACCUAAAAAUACAAUUUUCAAUUGAUCAAAACCAUGGCAAGUCUAUUUACCAUUACUGAGAUAAUUAGAAUUUGUGUACCAACGUUAUUAAAAUCUCGUUAGUGUGUUUCUGUCUGUAAAAAUACAUGAAUGAUUUAAAGGACUGUGGUAUUAAGAUCCACCAACAUCUAGAACGAUUGAAAGGCCUUAAUAUGUUUUACAAGGCAGAAUGGUACGAUAAUAUUUCAAGUACUUUGCAGGUAAACUAGAAAAAUAAGGCAGUAUAUGCCAUUUAAUGAACGCUACAAUCAUGUUCAGUGUGUACCAAAUGAGUAGUAAUGAAUUCACUGUUACCUUCAUCAGCUGCAUCCACAUGGACAGUGAUUGUUAUAACUUUUUGCAGCUAAAUCUAGUGGCAAGUAAAUUUUCCAGAUUACAUUUCUGCACCAUUAUUCGCUUAACAUUUUGCUAGACUGUUGUGCUAAUAUACAUGUUUAAAUUGCAUUCUCAUAAUUGCUAAACCGUGUAGGAACAGCUUUUGAAUUGGCAUAAUAGCUUUAAAUUGGAAAGGAACAUACACAAUGUUAAUCUGACAGCUGUGGUUUCUUAAACUUGAAUUUCAUAAACUUGUGUACUACUGAACUUGUAUGUACUUUUUUUUUUAAAUGUUAGAAAUGAUAAAUGUAGUAACAGUAAUAUUUUGUUAUAGGUGCCACAACCCACAAAACCGUUUAGUAUAAAUGUGUAUGAAAAUAAGAAUGGUAUUUUUGUAAUAUUGAAGUAAAUUAUUUAGGUAUACAAUAGAUACUGUGCAUGUUUGUCAAAUUUAAAAUGUAGGUUUUAUUCCUGAAAUUGACUGUGCUAUACAGCAAACAAUUUUGGUGAUAAUUGUAAUGCAGGUUUAAUUAAUUUAGGACGAAUGUACAGACAACACUGUAUAUGUUGCUUGUUUUAAUUAGCAGCAUGAUAGCCUUUCAUUUGAACUGCUGUUAUCUUUGACAUUAGCGUGAAGAUUUGAUCUUGCACAAUAAAAUUCUGUUAAAACUGC